AUGGUCUUUGACAGCUGGGCGGUGGCGAAGCCUCAAGCCACGCCCAAUCUCGAAGAUGUGCGGAAGCACUAUGAAAAUUUACUCUAUGAGGAUCUAGAGAAUCUGGAUGAUCCGCUGCAGCUCUAUCUAGAAUACAUUAAGCAUUUGAAACAUUGCCAGAAUGAAGGUCAAGGUAUUUCCUGUAGUCAAGUAUUACAGGAUGUUAUGGAGAGAUGCCUUUUGUACUUCUUGGAUCUGGAAAUCUUCAAGAAUGAUCCCAGAUUGUUGAGAGUAUGGAUUAGUUACAUGAACAUGGUAUACAAGGAGUUCAUUGAUGAGAAAAUAAAUAUAUUAUGCUAUCUUUAUCAUAAAAAAAUCGCUGUGCGAUUGGCUCUAUUUUAUGAACAAUUAGCGGAAUGUUUAGCGUCAAUAAAUAAAGGUGAAGAAUCGGUAGCCAUUCUACGGUUAGGUAAGGACAAUAACGCUUUUCCUACACAAAGAAUUAUUGCAAGUUAUGAACAGUAUGCCUUGAAAUAUGGGACUACAAAUGAUAAUAAUAACAUGUAUAUUCAAUUUAUGAACACGUACCGAAUACCCACGUUUAUUAUUAACUAUGACUCCUCGAACUUGAGUCCCAUUCCUCUCCGACAGAUAAGAAAAGAAGAUGUUACAAACUUGGACAAUAAAAACGAUAAUACAAGUAAAACUUUAAAUGAAGAACAGAAUGAUAAUGAUGAUCUGAUACCUCAAUCUAAACCCAAGAUACCUAUCUUUCAUGAUAGUGAAUCACCAGAAAAAAACAGUAAAUCAAAUAAGAGCCAAGUUCUCAAAGUUGUUGAAAUGAAAGGUAAAAAGCCUCAAAAGAUAGUUUGUAAUUUCAAGCUAUUGUUUCCGGAUGAUUCACAAGAAUAUUGCAUAGAAGAAAUCCUUGCAAAGAGUUCUAUUUCUAGGGAUAUAUUAAGAAAGAAACAGGAUCGUGUAAAAAGAAACCUUGAUUUAUCUGUGACUAAUUCUAAAGCUGAUAUCAAGCGCAGAAAUAUACUUUCUGAUAAAAUUACUGGCUUACCUUCUACCCAACCUCCAAUACCUGGUCUAAACACUGAAAACAAGGAUGUAGAUACAAAAUACGAAGUGGAUUCGCCAGUUAAAACUAAAAUAGAUGUUUCAACAUCAAUAUUACCUUUGAAAGAGGCGCCCAUGCCAGGUAUGACUAGUAAACAGUAUGGCGCGCCAUCGUCGCCGACUGUAACAAUGUUCUCAAAGAAUGCUAUGAAUGAAGUUUAUUCCAUGUUCAAUCAAAAUUACGAAGAUUUUAAUGGUUUAGGAGAAAAAGAAGAUACUACAAGUAAAUUUAGCCAAUAUGAAAAUUUCACAGAGGGAUUUACUGCUAAGAAUCUCGAUGAUUUAACAGAAGCAAAACCUAACAUCAUUCGGACUGAUGUAGGAGAAAUUUCUAAUAGCAAUGUCCGUUCGCCUAUUAGAGCGAUACCCAAUAAAAGUAAACUACCGGAGUUUAUGACACCCAUAAAAGAGACUGCACGUACAUUGCUGCCAAGGAAUAAAAUUAAGAUAUAUGAAGACAAGCCAUCCUCUGUAAUACCAUCUCAAAGUUCACCAUUUAUUUCACAACCAAUUCCGAAAGAAUCAAACUCACAGGGAAAGGAAAUACCGGAAUACAAGCAAAUAAUUAACCAUCCAACCUCAAAGAAAUUUCGACUGUCCUUGCUUACUAACAUACAGCCACCAUUAUCUACAUAUUCCACUUUUUAUUCAUACAACCAAAAUUUGAAAAUGAGCUCACAUCUAAAGAAAAUGCAUAAAGCCUCUAAGAUAGAGAACAAAAGACAGAUACUAGAAUUUAAAAAGGCCGACGAACUAUAUUGUAUAGUAGGUGAAUUGGGUCAAGGUGGUUAUGCUACUGUUUACCUUGCAGAGUCCGAUAGAGGUGAUAUAAGAGCACUGAAAGUAGAGACACCAUCGAGUUCUUGGGAAUACUAUAUCCUAAAACAGAUUGAAAACCGUUUACAAGGUGAUAAAAUACUUGACUCUGUGAUAAGUGCAUAUUCUUUGCACUUUUUUCUAGAUGAAAGUUAUUUGGUUUUAAAUUUUGCAGACCAGGGUACUAUUCUUGAUCUUGUGAAUUAUUAUGGUGAAAAGUCUAGCAACUCAGUUGAUGAAUGUUUGUGUAUCUUUUUGUCAUUGGAGUUGAUCAAAAUUGUGUUAAGAUUACAUGAUGUCGGUAUAAUACACGGGGAUCUCAAACCAGAUAAUUGUAUGAUUAGAUUUAGUGAUGGUCUUCUAGGGAACUAUGAUAAGCAUGGUGGUAAUGGCUGGCACAAGAAAGGUAUAUACUUGAUUGAUUUUGGCCGAUCGUUUGAUAUGAAGCUCUUUGAUAAGAAUACCAAAUUUAUUGCAGAUUGGACUACAGACAUGCAAGAUUGUCCAGCUAUGAGGAAAGGAGAUCCAUGGAGUUUUGAAGCAGACUAUUAUGGUCUUGCUAGUAUAGUGUAUUGUAUGUUAUUCGGUAAAACCAUAGAGAUAGAUAAUACUAAUUCGGGUACUUACAGAAUUAGAGGCACGAUAAAAAGAUACUGGAAUCAUGAUAUUUGGAAUCCACUAUUUGAUAUUCUUUUAAACCCCUCUAGCACAGGAUCAUUCAGCAUGAAAAUAGAGACUGUUGUGAGUAGAAUGGAAGACUAUUUAUCUGUGAUGGGUAAUAGCCAGCAACUAAGGAGUAUAAUCUACGAUCUACAGCCAGAAUUGAUCAAGAUCAUGAGCAAAAAGAUGUCACUUGGUAAACGGAAGACAAGCAUCUGA